AUCUCCAUGAUCCUCCAGUUACUGCCGCGUAUGGGCGGGAAGUGACACAGAAACAAACUUCGGGAAGAAGUUCGUAGAUGGCUGUCGGUAGAAGUUGUGAGUAUAAGGCAUGGGUCAUCGCGUACAGUAACCCAUUGAUAAACAUCAAAUCCCGUAGUUUCAGUUGCGUUUCUUUUAUUCAAGGAAUCGCACGCGUUAGAUUAAUACCGAAUUGAUGCGGGAAGCACUUAUAUAGAAAUAAAUGAUACCCUCGGAUUGAAAACGAGCGCAGCAGAUGAGGAUAGGAGCUCUUCUGGUUGCGAUCGCUUUUAAUUUAUCUUUAAUUUAUGUUAUCAGGCAGUGACACUUGACGCCUGGAAUAUCACCGUGGGCGGCGCGAUCCGCACUUCAGGGUUCCGGCUCUUCCGGAAAAUAUUAACCUCCUACUGCGUGAAUCAUCACGCCAGAUGCCCGAAAACAUUAUCCUGCACAGUCUUCUUUUCGUUUCCAAAUCGCGACAUAAGUGACAGCUCGAUGAGUAUUUUUAACUUGCAUCAUGUUUACAAGCGGCGCCGCGUCGUUUUCUUUCUGGGAAUCCUGGGGAUAAUUAUCUGGCACUUUUCUAGAGACUCCCAAAAGGAGACGCCACUGAGAAGAGUAGGGCUGACCGCCAACUCAUCCCAGUUCACACUGGAUGGAGAGCCAUUCCGCAUCCUCGGGGGAUCCAUGCACUACUUCCGGGUCCCCAGGGCCUACUGGAGUGACCGCUUGCUGAAGAUGAAGGCCUGUGGGAUCAAUACUCUCACCACGUAUGUGGCCUGGAAUCUGCAUGAACCAGAAAGAGGUGUUUUCAACUUCAACUGGCAGUUGGAACUGGAGGCAUACAUCAGGGAAGCAGGCCGGGUGGGGCUCUGGGUGAUUCUCCGUCCAGGACCCUACAUCUGUUCAGAGUGGGAGCUCGGGGGCUUACCUAGUUGGCUUCUGCGUGACAGGAACAUGAAGUUAAGAACCACCUAUCCUGGCUUCACCAAAGCAGUCAACUCCUUCUUCGAUGAGCUCAUCCCGAGAGUCGUCCCAUUACAGUACGUGAACGGAGGCCCCGUCAUUGCAUUUCAGGUGGAAAAUGAAUAUGGAUCCUAUGCAAAAGAUGGCCGAUAUAUGUCCUUCGUUAAAGAGGCGCUGGUCUCCAGGGGAGUCAGGGAGUUGCUGUUCACGUCGGACAACCGGAAUGGUCUGGAUCACGGAUCUGUGAAUGGAGCCCUGAAGACCUUAAACUUCCAGAAACUACGUCCUGAAGACAUCCGACACCUAGAUUCUUUACAGCCCCAGAAGCCCAAGUUGGUGAUGGAAUACUGGUCCGGGUGGUUUGACAACUGGGGUGGUCUCCACCAUGUCUAUGACGUAGAUGAGAUGAUGCGGGUCGUCAUGGAGAUUCUGAACCAAGGAUUGUCCAUCAACCUGUACAUGUUUCACGGUGGCACUAACUUUGGCUUCAUGAGCGGGGCACUGGGCAACCACCCGUACAAGCCGCUGGUCACUAGCUAUGAUUACGACGCGCCUCUUUCUGAAGCCGGGCAUUACACUGCAAAGUACCACCGUCUGAGGACGCUGUUCGGAGGAUUCCACAAUGGCAAUUUACCCAUGAUGCCCGCCGUUCAGUGGAAGAAGGUGUACAGGCCGGUUUCUACCCAUAAGUAUCUGCUGCUUUGGGACGUCUUGGAGGUUCUGGAGAAGCCUCAUGAGUCAGAAAGACCCGUCAAUAUGGAGAACCUGCCGGUGAACAACGGCAACGGACAGUCCUACGGCUACACGCUGUACGAGACCAACAUCACCGGCGGAGGAAUGCUAAACUCCAGGAACCACGUGCGGGACAGAGCCCUGGUGUUCUUGGACAGGCAGUUCAUUGGCGUCCUUGACUACAACACAAUAGAAAUAAUAGUUCCUAACAGGAAGGGCAGACGGAAUUUAAGUUUACUUGUGGAAAACUGUGGGCGAGUGAACUAUGGGAAAGACCUUGAUGACCAGCGUAAAGGUUUGGUUGGUGAUAUUCUACUGAACAAGGAGCCUCUGACAGGCUUCAGAAUGUACAGUCUGGACAUGAAGCCGGACUUUAUUCGAAGACUGAGCUCCAGGUCCUGGAAGCCCAUCCAGAAAGCUCCCUCCUUCCCAGCAUUCUUCCUGAGCAAGCUGUACAUUAGUGGGUACCCAGCAGACAGCUUCAUACAGUUUCCGGGCUGGAAGAAAGGCGUUGCAUUCGUGAAUGGGCAGAAUCUUGGACGGUACUGGUCCAUUGGGCCUCAGCAAACUCUUUACCUUCCAGGACCCUGGCUCAAGACUGGAAUGAAUCAGUUCAUUUUGUUUGAGGAACAGGAGUCCGACUUCAAAAUGCAGUUCACCAACAAUCAUGACCUGGGAAUGACUGUCGACGUUAAUUAAAACAUCUUUAGCCAAUCUGUCCAGCUGCUGCACAUAUAGAUAUCUGUCCGUGAGGGUCACUCCACCGUGUUCCUGGCGCACUCUUUGGAGUGUUUUGAGUGUGAAACCCUCACACUGAAUUAUAGGCACUGUGUGCUUGUAUUUUUCUUGCAAGGUCAGAAUUCCAGUUGAAAAAUUGAAAAACUUAUUUUGUAGUCUGAAAUAUUUUUUUUUAUUAAUUUUUAAAGCACACGUCUGGAUGUAAUUUUAUUGCGUGUUGACAGGCAGCCAAACCUGGUUUUGGUCUUUUUACCCAUAAUUUAUGGUAUUUCUAUAUAGAACUGAAGACAAAACAGUGUUAUGCAUUGAACAUACGCAGAUAAUUUAAUCAUGUGUCACAACAAUUACACUUGAAUUAAAAAUUAGCUCCUUUUUGAAACGUUGGUCUUUUAAAAUACAAUAAAUACCUUUUCUCGUGA